AUGACGAUGAAAAGUAAAAGGAGGGUAGUUCAAAAAUCUAUAAAAGAAGUCUUGGGAAAUAAAUUACUAAUUACAUACUAUUCCGAAGAUGAAAUUUUAUUUAAUUAGCUCCAUAGCGAUCAAUAGUAGUAGAAAACGAUUGAAAUCAUAUAUGGAGAGGCAGUAUCAAUAUAAGGGUAUAAAGAUUUAUAAUAUUAAACUAAUGCCAUUGAGACUUAAUAAUACAGUUAAAGCAAUUUUUUAUAUUCUAUGCUAAUAAAGACUUUCUCAAGGCUAUAUUUUUUUGCUAUGUUUAUAGUCUUUGCUAUAUACAUAAGUGAUAGCACGCUAAGUGUUAGAGAUCAAAUAGAAGCUAGUUUUUCUGUCUUUUUUCCAUUUAUUUUUACAUAUGUUGUUGUAAGUUUGAGAGAAUAUUACUUUGAACUUAGAAGAGCCAAGAAAGAUAAAAUUGUUAAUUAGCAGUAAUGUACUAUCAUUAGGAAGUUUAGGGAAGAAAACCCUGUUGGUUAAGGAAUUAAUAAAGUUUAAUCACUGUAAGCAGUCUAAAAUUAAAGUUUAAUAGAUAUAGAAUAUAAAACUUCGCAAAAAGUAUAAAUUUACUAACACAUAAAAUGGGAAGAUCUGAAAAUAGGAGAUAUAGUUUUACUGAAAAAAGAUGAUAUAUGUCCUGCAGAUAUGUUAAUUUUAGAUAUGUUUGAUUUCUAAUGCACAGUCAAUACAUAAAACAUAGAUGAUAAAUCAGAUGAAAAAAUAAAAACUGCCUCAGAAUUGAUGUUUUUACCAAAAACAUCUAAAAUUAAGGGUAACCAUGUGGAGUAUAGAAAAUUAUUAACAGGCAAAUUUAGCUUUAAAGGUUUUUAAGAUAGCUUUAAAGGAUUAGUAAAAUUAAAAAAAGAUCCAAUAGCUUAAGAGUUGACACCAGAUUAAUUUAUAAUGAGAGGAAGCCAAAUUUAAUUUACUGAGUGGAUUUUAGGCUUAGUUAUAGAAAUUGGAAUGCAAACAUAUAUUUAUAGGAAAUUUAAAAGACCAUAGAUAAUAUAUUACAAUUCUACUUUCAUGAGAAAGCAGUUUAUUUUUAGUGCUAUUUCGAUUAUGAUUAUUAUAAUUCUGAUAUUUUUAAAUUUGGCUUUUACUGAAGUUAAUCAAUGUCUGAAAGAUGGAUUUACAAAGCUAGAUACUAAAUUAGUUAUUACAGCUCUCUUACACUUGCCUAUUUAUUAUCAUGCAGUAAGUGAAUCUCUCAUUACGCUCUAUUGCAUAUAUAUUAAUCGCUAAGAUGAAAAAAGAGAUCAAUAAUAGAGAUAAAAAAGCAAAAGCCUAGAGGGCAUUAAAAAUAUGAACCAUUUUCAUUUUUAAUAAAAUUAAAAUGGAUUAUGCCGUUAAAACUCUGAUAACUCUCACAUUCAUCUCAAAAAAGAAACUGAGCUCUAAAAGGAAGAAAAUAACACAUUAGCUGCUUUAAAAACAUAAACUGAAGAAAAACAAACUACUGUAAAGAUUGAUGAUUGCUUUCAGCAGCUAAAUGAUACCAGAAGUAUUGUAGAUAUGUGUUUAACUACUCACCUAGUUUUCAACACUGCUAACACUCUCACAACAGGCUAAAAUUCAAUUACUGGUUUACUAAUUUCGAAUUGUAUUUAUCAUGUAGAUAAUAAUACGCUUAAAACUUUAAUAAACAGGAGAAAUAUAAAAAAAGAUACUUUAAUUAACUUUUAAAUGUAAAAUUAAAAUCCCAAUCAUAAAAAUGGAUAAAGCUAUUAAAAUCAGAGUGGCUUUACUCUUAAUGGUGAAAACACCAAACAACAAAAGAGCGGAUUUUAAAGUCUGGCGAUUUCUUUUCAUUCAUAAAACCCUCUUAUGAUAAAUUUAAAUAAUUUAAAUGGUAUUAGUUAAUAUGGUGGAAAUUUGAAUGGAUUAGAUUUAGAAAAGGUUGUUGAGGAAUCUCGAAAUUUAGAAGUAAAUUCCAAAGGUUUUAAUUAACCGACUGAUUCUAAAUUAAGUGGAAUAGAGCUUACGAAUAAUGUACCUUCAACACAUUCAAAGAAAAUUCACCAUAACUCUAGAGCUCCACUAUUAGGUGGAAAUUUUAACAGAAGUUAAGGAUUGAAAAAAAAUUAUUCUCUUAUGAUUGAAAACUCAAAUUUUAAUAAAAGUAAUGAGUAGCAGUCAGGUAUUUUAGAGAGUUUAAAUGAUCAAAAUUAAGUUUAAAAUGUAAAAAUUAGAGAUAAUCCUAGAUCCGCUACAAGUAUAGUAACUGGUAAACUCCUCUAAACAAAAAAAAAUGACCUGAAUAUAGAAGAAGAAAAUUUUAUUUAACCAUCUCUGUCAAAUAUAAUUCCUAUACCAAUUAUUAAAAAUAUUGAGCAUGAUGCAGAAAACUUACAUACUCACAAUGAAAUAUAAAAUCUUUUAGGCGAUACUCCGCAAUCCAAAUCUAAAGAAGAUUAAUUUUUCGUAAAUAACUUGGGAGAAGAGAGUAAUAAAAAUUAUUUAGUGAACGAUAAUAAACUUCCAAGUACUGAUUGCGUUCAAAAUGAUAUCGAAAUAGAAAUUCACAGUACAAAAGAUAACAAUUAUAAGCUUAACUAAAACCAAAUGAUGACUAAUGCCAAUAUUGCUAAUUUUGUUAACAGCUUAGAAUACCAUAAGAAAAAUAACCAUAAGAUACCUUAGCUUGUACCCAAAAAAAUAAGUGAUAUUGACUCACCUUUUCCAGAAUCUGAUGGAGAAGUUAGCAGUCCUCGUCGUGCUAAAAAAGUAGCUAAAUUAAAUAGAAGCACUGACUUUGAUCUUAAAAAUAUACCUUAAUAGCAGAGAAGUACUGACGGAAGUAAUUAAACAGUAAGCAAUUAAAAAAAUUAAAUAAGCGAUUAUUUAAGAAAUACAGUUGCAAAGGGUGUUAAGAAAACUUUAAAAAAUGAAGAACUUGAGAGUAAUUCUAAUACUUAGGGUAGCGGAAAAAGCACAAAUAACUAAAAUAAAUUUAGAACUGGUAGUAGCACAUUGAGAUCUCUAGCUAAUCAACUAAAUGGUGGUGUAGAUUUUAAUUCUAUCCUGGAAAAUAAAGACUUUAUUAACAUCUACACAAAUGAAGAAUCUGAAAACUACUUGGAAACUCAUGAAAUUUUAAAGGCUAUGCUGCUUUGCCACUACACAAGAUCAUUUUUUGAUGAAGAUACACAAAAAAUAACAAACCGUAGUUUUUAUCAUAUAGAAGAAUUGCAACUUUAAUUAGGAAACAGCUUAGGGUAUAAUUUUGAAUUUUCAUGUUUUAUAGAUGGAGAGUUCAAUUAUGUUUUAAAGAAAGACAAUAACUACUUCAAGUAUAAAGUAAUAGCCUACCACUAUUAUAGCAAGUUAGACAGAUUUUGCAUACUAAUUCAAGAAUCUGAAGCUGUCUACUCUCUAUACAUUAAAGAAGAAGUAACAAAUAUAUCACAAAUUAACUAUUUAAAUGAGAAUAUAAUUUCUGAUCUCAAUCCUGUUUGCAAUUAUUACAGAUUCCAAGGAAAUAGAUCUAUUUUGUAUUGCAAGAAAGAAAUGGACUUGAAAGAUGUUUAAGAUUUUAUAAGUAAAAUGGAACUUCAAUAAAACUUAUCAAAUCUCUUCAAUCAUAUACUUGCUAAAAAUGUUUAGUAUUUAACUUUAGUAGCUGUUAAAGAACAAACAGUCCCAGGUUUAGAAACUUUAUUUAAAUUGUUAAAAGAAGCCAAAAUUAAAUCUUGGAUUGCAACAGGUGAAAAACAAUCAAAAGUUAUUCCUAUUUGUUUUUCAGCAGGAAUACUUGACAAAAUGCAUAAGCAUAUAGCUUUUGACACAGAUGAGUAUGAUAAAUUAGCAUUUUUAAUUAGAAAUAUGCUUUAAUAGCUAAAAGAUGGUUUUUAAAAGGCUCACAACACUCAAAAGCAAGCGAAUGAGAUUAUCUCGAAUUUAAAUAUAAACAUAAACAGCGGAUCUAAUAUAUAAAGAGAAAGCCUUAACGACAUAAAAUUUAGUUAGUGGUAACCAGGAAGUAGUGGAAUAAAUGCGAGUAAGAGAGUUCUACAAAGAUCAAAAUCAUAAAGCACAACUAAACAUGUUAGGUAAGCUAGCAGAAAGAGUAUAGUAAGUGGAAUGGAGUUAGAAAAUUAAUUCCGUUUUAGCUUAUUGGUAAGUGGUAAAAGUUUCAAAGAAAUAAUUAACAGCAGUUAUCUCUACAACCAUUUUGCUUUUAUAUGCUACUUUGCUCAUAGUGUUGUAGGCUAUGACAUGACUCCUGAGCUUAAGGCAUAGUUGAUUAAGGUAAUUAAUGUAAAAAUGAAUCAAAACUUUAAAACUAUGUUUAUAGGAGAUACUUUAGCUGACUUUCAAGCUUUUACAGAUUCAAAUAUAAGUGCUCAUAAGAAAUCCUCUUUUAAUGAAACUCAAAAUUAUCCAGGUAUUUAGUUUGACAAGAUUGAUAAUCUUCUAUAAAUUCUCCUCUUACACUCAAAAAUGGUUUCAGAGAUAUUCGAAGAUGCUCUUUACUUUAAUACAUAUCGUGGAAUAUUGAUGAUAUUUGUAAUAAUGUUUUAAUUUUAAAUGUGUGAUAUUGACUACUAAAUGUUCAAUUUAGGAACAAUGCUCUUCUUAAGUUUCUUCAUUGUGUUUAUAUAAUCCCUUAUCAUAAUCUAUAAGAAAUACAAAAAAUACUAAGGAUCGUAGCUUAAUUAGAGUGGGUUAAUUCAAUAAUAUGGAACUCUUAAAACCUUUUCUAAUUAAAAGCUACUUUUAAAAAUUAUUAAAUUAGUUUUUAUAACUCUAGUUGAUUCUUCAGCAUUUUAUUUCUUUGUUCACUUUAUCUUAUCUAGAAUAACAACAAGUGAAGGAUAUACAUUAACAUAAUAACUAAUUAAUUAUAUUGAAUAAUACUUUGCUCUUGCAGUAAUACCUUAUAUAAGGCUCUUAGUCGAGUAUAAAUUUAAAAUUAAACAUGCCUUGAUAGUAUCCUUCUUAUUGCUUGCAGUGCCUCUUCUUGCUUUCUCAUUUGAUCCUUUGAUAAGAAUUUAAAUUAAAGAGAGCUUCAUUUUAUUGGGAAACGCUUAGUUCAUAUUGACCAUCUUCUUUAUACCUUUUUUCAUUUAUAGUUUUAAUCUUCUUUUAUAGAAUUAUGUUUCCAUUAAAUCUUUUCCUCUUAUUAAAUCCCUAUAAAAACUUCGUUAAGUAAUUCAAGAUUCUAUGAGAGAAUCUUACUUCAUUAAACCUAAAUAAUUUAACAUUGCAAAGUUAAUCAGAGAAAUUUUCUAAGCCUUCGAGCCAGACAUCAUUUUAAGUUCAUAUAUGCUUUCCGAGUAAGUAAAUUUAAGAGAAGCUAGCAUGAAUAAAUACACACUGAAAUUUAAAGAUCAAAAUAUAGAAGCUAGAUUCCUAUCAUAAUAUAAGAAAAUAAGUUUAGCUUAUUCGAGAACUAUAACUACACUUUCAUUCAUUUUUAUUGAAAUAUUCAUACUUUAUAGGAGUAUCUUAUAUACAGGAGCAUCUUUUAGUGAAUUUAACCCAAGCUUUUAUACUAUUUACUUCUUAGGUGCUUUCUUUUUGUUCUUUAUACAGAUUUUUGUAUUUGUUUUUAGCGAGAAAUAUCAAAAGUAUAUAAGAUAAGUAAACUAUGGCAUAAUUUUAAUCAGAAUUAUAUAUUUUAUGAUCUUGAUUAAUAUAGCAGAUGUAUAUGAUAGUGUUCCUGGAAUUCUAAUUUGCAUCUUUCUAUCUGUAAUUAUGCUUCCUCUGAUCAGAUUGGAUUAUCUGUUUUGUCUCGGAAUUUUAAUUUUAUUAAUUGUUAUCUUAAGAGAAUUUAAUGUUAUUAGCAACUAAGUAUCAUUAUAAAACGACCCAGAUAUAAAGCAAUUCUCUGUCAUUCACAUCCUUCUCAGUCAUAUUGAAAUCUCUUUUUUGUUUUUCGUUUGCUUCUUAGUUUAAAAAAGAAACUAUGAAGAAAUUGAGAGAAAAAACUUUUAGGUAAAUCAAACACUAACACAAGCCACUUCUAAAAUGAAAGAUACCCUUUCUAUCCUCCUUCCAAGAUUUAUAAGAGAGAAAUUAUAUUCUGGAUAAAACUAUGAUAAGAUUAGCACUAAUUAAGGAAAUGUAGCUGUCCUAUUUUGCGAUAUUACUAAUUUUGAUGAAAUUAUGAUGCAAGAAGAAGAAAAAAUUGUUAAAGUUUUAGAUAAUCUGUUUAGAUAAUUUGAUAAAUCUUGUCAGGCAAACUAAGUUUUAAAAAUAGAAACUGUAGGUAAAACUUACAUGGCAGCAGCAGGUUUAAGAGAUGUGGAUGAAUAUUAUUAAGAUGGAUAAAAUUAAGUAAACACUUUUGUUGAUCCUGUAAAAAGGUGCCUUUAAGUUGCUAUGGAAAUGUAAGAAAUUGCCAAAAAUAUAACUUGGGGAAACACUAAUAAUGGUGGAAAAUCAGGAAAAGUUGAAAUUAAAAUUGGUAUAAAUUAUGGCACAGUCAUUUCAGGUGUUAUAGGUUUCCACAAACCUCAAUUUUCUCUAAUUGGUGACACUGUCAAUACUGCUAGUCGUGUUUGCUCUACAGGACUUCCUAAAACAAUAAAUAUAUCUAAUUCUUCCUAUCAAAAAGUUAUUUAAUUAUCUUAAUACAGAUUUGAAAAAAGAGAAGUAGAAGCAAAGGGAAAAGGUAUUAUUACAACAUAUGUAGUCACACAAAAGAGUAACACUUACAAUAAGAAGAAAGGUUUAUAGCAAUCGUUAUAGUUAUAAUAAGAAAUAAUUAAUAAACUUCACCCAAUAAUUAAAAAGUAACAAUAAUAGUAAGUGAAAGAAAAAGCUUAAGAAAACUUAAAUGGUUAAUCUGUUAUAUAAGAAGCUUCUUCAAGUUAAAAAAGCAAAGAGAAGAGUGAUGAAUCACCUUCUUCAAACUCUAAGAAUCGUAAUUCAGAAGAAAUUAAGAGAAAAUCUAGGAGAAGAUCAGGGACUUAUUACAUAGAUUCGGUUUCUAAAUUUGCUGCGUUGAAAAUCGCCCAUUAGCAAGACAAUUAAGAAAAUAAAGCAAAACCUUAAACUCAUGCUAGUUAAAAGAUAAUAAAAAUUCAAACUAUGAGUAAUAUAAAUGAAGAUUCAUAAAAGUUAAUUAUGGGAAAAGAUAACAACUAAGCUACUUCUAAUAAUCAAAUUGCAAAUAGAUCAUAGAAUAAUAGCUCCAGCAACUUAAAUGUAAGAGGAAGGAUUAACAGUAUUUUCUUAGCAACUUCUAAUUAAAAUAUAAUUAAUCUUUAAGAAGAGGUAAUUGAGCCUAUCCAUUAAGCUGAAUUAUAACUUGGAAUCGAAAAUAAAAUAGAUAUGCAAAAGGUAUCUAACCAUGGUCUCAAUUUAUAAUACUAUGAUUUAAAAUAAAUCAAAAUGCAGUACCAAGAAGAAAAAGAUGAUAUUUCAUAAGGUAAGUAGAAUAACAAUAAAAUGAGGUUAAAUAUGAGUUAUUGGACAGGAGCAUAAUCUUCGCAUAAUUUGCCAGAAAAAAAUUUUGAGUUUGAUGAAAUGCUUAGCGAAUUUUGGACUAAUUAGAUCGAUGAUUCUGUUCAGUAAAUGAAUGGAGCUUUUAAGCUAACUUUUCUCUAAAUAUUUUUGUACACAGUUAGUCUCUUUUUUGUUAUAGGACCUUCUAAAUUUAAUUUGAUAAUAGCAAUUAGAUGUGGGCUUAUCAUAUUCAUAAUAACUGCUUUUUUAUUAUUUAAGUACAUACUCAAACCUUAACAGUUAUCUAUGAAUAAAUUCAGAAUGUACAUAAUAAUUUUUUAUUUUAUUAUUUUUGGAGCUCUUAAUGUAGAAAUAUGGAUGGCUUCUGACUCUACUUCCAAGGCUGACUCUAAUUAUGUACUUUACAACGAAGCUGAAGGCAAACAGAUUAUAAAUGUACUCAUUUACGAAAUAUAUUUGGUUUACUAUUUGUUCUUCAGAUUGAGAGUCUUUAUUUUCAUGCAACAAUUGCCAGUUUUCUUAACUUCGUUCAUCAUAUUUAUAAUUCACAAUAUUAUGGAUGAUUUAAUAUUUUAAAGCAUAGUUAUAAAAGUACUUUUCAUGCAAAUAUGUUUUAUACUUUUGCAAUACUAACUGUUUAAAAAAGAUUAAGAGAAUUUUAACACACUUUAAUCUUUAAAUGAAAAGAAUCAACAAACUGAUAAACUUAUUUAAUAUCUUCUUCCAAAGCACAUACUUGAGCGCUUCUUAAUGAAUCCAACUGCUUCGUAUAUAAUCGCUGAAAAAUUUGACAAGCAAACUAUUUUAUUUGCUGAUAUUGCAGGAUUUACCCGUUAUUCAGAUUAAAAUCAGCCAGAAACUGUAGUCAAAAUGCUGAGGACCAUCUUUACAGAAUUUGAUCAAAAAUGCUAGUAUCACAAAGUAUUUAAAGUCUACACAAUUGGAGACUGCUAUGUUAUCUUAGGUAACACAAACCACGAAAAUAGAGAUCCUCCAACUGAAGCCUAUAAUGUCAUUAUGAUGGCUUUUCAAAUGAUAGAAAUACUAAAGAGAACAACAGAAUUAGUUGAAAAUCAAAUUGAUAUGCGUAUUGGUGUGCAUACUGGUAAAAUAGUAGGUGGUUUAGUAGGUACAUAAAUUGUAAGAUAUGAUAUAUAUGGAGUAGAUGUUAUGAUUGCAAAUAAAAUGGAAAGUAAUGGACAAAAAGGAAGCGUAGUAGUAAGUGAGACUACAAAAGAUAUACUCCAAGAAAGAUACGGCAAAGAAUUCAUUUUCACUGAAAAGGGAGAUGUGUAUAUAAAGGCAACAGACACUAACAUUAGAACAUUCUUUUGUGAUAAAAAUCCUAUCUGA